AUGGUGAAUGCUAUGGCACAACAGAGUAUUGCAAUGAUGCAACAACAUGAAGCAUCAAUGCAGCGACAGGCAGCCUCAAUUGAGCAGCAGCAACUGGUUAUGCAGCAGAUGGAAGCUGCUAGGGUGGCUGCUAAGGACGCUCAUCGUCAACACAUGGAGGCCCUCCACUUUCUGAAGCAUCAUCCGACUAAGUUUAAUGGGAAGACCAGUCCAGAUGUCGCAGAUCAGUGGUUGAAGGACAUUGAGAGGAUUUUUGAUGCUAAGAUGUGCCCCGAGGAGAGUAGGUUGGCCUUCGCGGUAUACAUGCUCAUAGGGGAGGCUGAGCACUGGUGGAUCAAUAUGAAGUCCAUCAUGGAAGAGAGGCAGGAACCAGUUACUUGGGAGGUCUUUAGGAGAAUGUUUCUCUCUGAGUACUUCCCCGACAACGUCAAAUAUGCUAAAGAGGUAGAGUUUUUGCAGUUGACUCAAGGAAGCAAAUAUGUGGUUGAGUAUGCGGAAAAGUUUAAGCAUCUUAGUCGUUUCUACACCAUGCCACUAGAUGAAGAGUGGCGAUGCAGGAAAUUUGAGAACGGUCUCCAUGGAGAUCUUCGGCUGAUGGUGGCCCCACUAUCCAUCAAGGACUUUGCAGCCUUGGUGGAGAAGGCUAGGGUUAUGGAGAAGAUGAAAGUGGAAGUGGAAACUCAACACUCACACCAGCAGAGAGUGGAAGGACCAUCUGGGUCCAGGCAUAGGCACGAGGAGAGGAGGAAACCCUAUACUAGGCCUCAUUCCGAGUCUUAG